AGAACCAAUAGCAAUCGUGAGAUACUCAACCAAUAAAAAUAAAAGGAGGACUCAUUUGGCCACAUUUGACUUUUGCCGCUGGUUUUGGGUAGCACAGACAGACUCUCUCACCAAAUCCGACGAACUCUCCGGAAACGCUUCUCCAUUAACGAUGACUCGCGGCAGUCAGAGGGAACGUGAUCGGGAAAGGGCUCAGGCUCGGACCGGAAAGGGUGGCAAGAACAAGGACGAUGGUUUGACCCCCGAGCAACGUCGAGAAAGGGAUGCGAAAGCCCUUCAAGAAAAGACGGCGAAGAAGGCAGCACAGGGCUCGGGUGGGGGCACAUCCGGAGGUAACGAAAAGAGUAAGAAAUAAGAGAAGAAGAAGAAGAAGCAGCAGCAGUAGUUAUUAUUUGUACGAUGUUUAAUUUUGAAUUGAUCUGUGGUUGUUGAGAUCCUGUGGUUUAUCAUCUGUGAUCUAUGAUUUGUUGAUGUUGGGAUACUUGAUAACGUUUUUACUCUAAUAAGUCUUUGUGGGUUUGUAUUCUUAUUGGUAUUUAGAUUCAAAUAAAUCGUUUGGAGUAGUAAUAUCUAAACGUUUCUGUUAAA